CGUGCAAGUGACCAGUUUGGCCGUGCGGGAUCGUGCGUGGGCACGCACGGGAUUGUGCGUGGCCACGCACGGCCGUGCAAGUGACCAGUUUGGCCGUGCGGGAUCGUGCGUGGGCACGCACGGGAUUGUGCGUGGCCACGCACGGCCGUGCAAGUGACCAGUUUGGCCGUGCGGGAUUGUGCGUGGGCACGCACGGGCACAAGUGAAAUCCGCACGGCCGUGCAACAUACAAUUAUGGCCGUGCGAGUUGGCUGAGGUUCAACUAAUUGAUACGCCGCGUUUUGAGGUGCACGGCCAGAAUGGUGAUGUGCACGGCCGUGCACCCUGGCCGUGCAACUCGGGAAAACCCGGUUUUAAAGCCUAAUCCGAGCCAGAAGCCAAGGAUCGAAUUUAUGGAGCAAAAACAGAGUUUUAGAGAGAGAAAGUGCGAAGAACUCACCCUAGAAGCCAUCUUGGAGCUGGGUUUCAUCAAAUCAAGCUUGGAGAUCGUGCUAGGAGUGGAAAUCAUCAUCCCGGAGCAGAUUAUCCUCAUCAUUAUGAGUAUGACUACUCCGAUUACUGUUUUCUUUUCUCUCUCUAUGGAGUAGAACCUCUCUCUCACUUGGGGAUGAAGAACCCUAGUUCUAUGUGUUAGGGGAUUGAUUGUAAUGACUUGGGAUGAUAUUACUGUUUGAUUUUAAUCGAAUGAUGCAUGUUUAUUGAGUCAAUUGAAGUCUGAUCAACUUUUCCUGAUUCCUGCUGCAAUCUGAGAUAGAUAGAAUCUGAUUAGGUUGCUAGAGUCUCAUCAUUCGAUAGUAGGAGACUGGUUAUACGAGAGUUAGCCAGUUUACUGCUUUGUACUGGAAUCUAAUUCCAGUAGUGAAUUUCUGUUCUUACUGCUUCAGCUUCUAUCCCGGUGAAGACUAGUCGUCUGCCGGGUAGUUAGACUGAGAGGGCUUGGUCAGCUUAAGAGAUUCCAAGCUACUGUCGGAUCUUCCGCAGUUUAAUCAACAGUAAAUCAACCCAGGGUAAAUUGCAAUUGAAACCUAACUAAAGAGCUAGGGGGAUUCAUUCCCGAGUGACUCUUUCCUGCUUAAGAAAACCGAUUAAUUUCCUGCUUUAUUUCUGCUUUCAGUUUAAACAACAAUCACUUACUCUAGUUGGCUAGAUAACAGAGAAUCACUGAGUAAGCAGUAGAUCUAGAGCCCGGGUUGAUAAUAUAACUUGCCUGUUACUGCAUUCCCGGUCUGCGAUUACACUUGGUCGCAGAUUGGUGUUGUGUUUUGGCGUGUCAAGUUUUUGGCGCCGUUGCCGGGGACCCCUCUAGGUUAUUGGGGAAAAGUGAGAAUUUGUUACUCUAGCUUUUUAUUUUCUGCUUUUUAUUUCUUCCACCUGUGUGCCUUCACGGGUUGUUUCUGCUGAUUGUGUGCAGGUAGUGCAUGACCCGUAGCCAGUCGGGAGAUCUAUUACCACUAGACCAGGAGCUUGAACGAACCUGCAGAAACUUCAAGCGGGCUCUAAAGGCGCGACUGGCUGCGGAGGAGGCGCUAUCACAGCUGCAGUUAGAGGAGGAAGAAGAAGAGAUGGCUGAACCAGGGAACCAUGCUGUGAUCCCCGAGGAGCAGACCAUGGGCUCCUACUGGACCGCUAGGGCUGCGGACAUGAGGUCACCCAUUCAGCACCCUCAGGUCCCAGCCAACAACUUUGAGGUGAGCACCUCCGUGAUCACCAUGCUGCGCGGUUCAGUAGUGUUCCGUGGUAAGGAGGGAGAGUGCCCUCGAUCACAUCUCAGGCGAUUCCACGAGCUCAUCGAUGGAAUCAAGAUCAAUGGGGUACCAGCAGAUGCCAUCCAGCUGAGGUACUUCCCAUUCACUCUGGAGGGGCAGGCCAAGGAGUGGCUAGACACUCGAUCUCCGGGCUCCAUCACCACGUUCGCCAACCUGGCGGACAAGUUCCUCACCCGCUACCAUCCUCCAUCCAAGACAGCUGACCUGCAGAAGCAAAUUACACAUUUUGCUCAGGAUGAGGAUGAGACCAUCAGGGAUGCAUGGGAGAGGUACAACAGUCUUUUCCUCAGGUGUCCCAAUCAUGGUUUCAACGAUGCGUUCAAGGUGGGCACCUUCUAUCACGCCCUCUUCCCGGAGGACAAGCAGCUGAUCGAUUCGGUUUGUGGCGGGAACAUGCUGACCAAAACCCCGCCACAGCUGAAUCAACUCUUUGAAGAGAUGGCGGAGAAUGGUUAUGAUUGGGGCACUGCCAGGAGAUCGAGGAGAGCACCAGGCCGGGGUGUGCAUGCUGUGGGCACCCAGUCAUCUGAUUUGGUGCAGGUAGUAUCGAAGCUGGUCUCAGCUAUCGAUCGUUCCGGGAUGAUUCCAGGGACCAGACAGCAGCAGGCGAUGCUCUGCCAGUGGUGCGAGAGCACCCAUCAUAUGGUGGAAGACUUCCAGGCGAUGAAGGAAUCGACCACACCCCAGGAGCAGGUGAACUUCAUCAACAAUGUCAGGCGCAAUGACCCCUACAGCAACACGUACAAUGAGGGGUGGCGCCAGCAUCCUAACUUCUCCUGGGCUGGGCCAAAUCCCAGACCACCAGCUCCACAGGGACCACCGGGCUUCCAGAGGCCACCAUAUCAGCCCAGACAGGGGCAAUUCCAGCAGCCAGGUGCAGCCCCUGCUGCCCCAGUGCAGAAUGAUCAGAUGGCUGAACUGCGGGACUUGGUGGGUUCUCUUGCCAGUGUUAGUGCUCAGAAAUUCAACACCUUUGAGCAGUUCAUGGAGAAGGCCUCGGGUCAACUCCUGGCUCUGGAAGCUGGUCAGAGGAAUACACGGGCUGUUUUGCAGGAUAUCCAGACCCAGCUGGGGAGCGUGGCCCAGGUAGUGGCUCAAAGGGCUCCUGGUACUCUACCAGGGCAGACCAUCCCUCACCCGCCGACCCCGAAUGAGCGCUGCAAUGCCAUCAUGACCAGGAGUGGCAAGAUGACUGUUGAUCCCCCUGCUCGGGAACCGGAGAAAGAAAGCCCUGUCUUAGCGGCUCCAGCGGUUGAACAGGAAGUAGAGAAGGAAGUUGAGGUGCCUGCACCUAAACCGCAACCAGUAGUGAAGGAGUAUGUCCCUAAACUCCCUUUCCCUACUCGGUUGCACAAAGACAGGCUGGAGGCAGAGUUCGAGAACUUCAUGGCCAUGCUUAAGAAGCUGAAUGUCCAAGUGCCCUUCCUGGAGGCACUAUCGCAAAUGCCAAAGUAUGCGAAGUUUCUGAAAGAGCUUCUCUCAAAGAAGCAGAAGCUGAGUGAGCUGGCCACGGUAGAGCUCAGCGAGGAAUGCUCGGCUAUUCUGCAAAACAAGCUUCCGCAGAAGAAGAAGGACCCAUGUAGUUUUACUAUCCCGUGCUCUAUUGAUAAAUUGCAUGUAGAGAAGUCCUUGGCGGAUUUAGGUGCUAGUAUCAAUGUUAUUCCAUAUAAAUUGUUCAUGAAACUAGGCCUAGGUGAACCCCGUGCUACUAGGAUGACCCUUCAAUUAGCUGACAGAUCUGUAGUGCAUCCUAGGGGUAUAGUGGAAGACCUUCUGGUUAAGGUUGGCAAAUUCACAUAUCCCGUGGAUUUUGUUAUCUUGGACAUCAGUGAGGACACAGAAGUGCCUCUUAUACUGGGAAGGCCUUUCCUGGCCACCGCCAAGGCUCUCAUAGAUGUGCAUGAUGGGACCUUAGUUUUGAGGGAUGGCGAGGAGAGAAUAACGUUUUCUGAUGCUGAUACUAUACCUGCUUCGUCACCUCUUCAUGCUGUAUCUCACCAGGAGCACGAGUCUGUCGUGUAUCCUUCUGUGCUGUCCAUUUUGCAGGAACCGCCUCCCACACCUUCGCCGCCACUCCGGACCACUCCGUCACCCAAAGAACAGAUCAAGGAGGAGUGGCGGCCGAAACUGCAGGCAGCUAAGCCUGCUCGAAAGAAAGCCGGAGACCACUAUGAGCUGGUCCCGCCCCCUCCUUGGCCAUCCGAGUAUCCACUCGCUUGCAUCCUACCGGAUGGCCAAGUCGAGCUGGCGAAUGCAGGUGGCCACAUUCGUCGCGUGCAUGGCCACCAUUUGAAGCUGUACCUCAAGAGCGAUGUGGAUCCGCUCUUGAAGGCACCUGAUCCUACACUUCCCUGAGCAUCCAUACUGGCGUCCAGCUAAAAGACGGUAA